AUGAGCUUUUCUAUGCACAACCUCCCGAUCGCAAACAUGGAAUCCCUUGAUGACUUUGGUAUGAUUUUGCUACAACAAGCUUCAAAAGAAGGCAAAAGAAAAAUCUCCCGUAAAAAACCUCAAUCCGACCUGAAGCUCAAUGAGUAUUAUCCAGCAGAAGGGCAUUUUGCUGUGAUGUGUCCUGUCCUGGGAGCUGAGGAGCCCGAGAAGAAGAAGCGAAUCUUCAGCUCUGGAGGCGCCCGGAGAGGUGGCGAUAAUUCCUGGGGAGACGCGGGCAGAAUAAUCGAGUAUGUGGUCGAGAUGGAUAAGAAUGAUGAUGUUACCCUAGCAUCGGUUGUCUCGUGCAAAACCACAGGUGGUAGAAUGCCUGCUCUACAGUCAGCAGCUGCCAUAGAGAGUGACAGUCGCUUCUAUGUGUGGGGAGGUUUUGAUCUCAUGGAGUACAGGUGCAAAGAUGACCUUAUCAUUUUAGAAGAAGGAAGACGGCGUGGAGCGACAGGUGCACCAGUUUUCGACAUUAAAUAUGUGCCAACGACAGCUAACAUGGUGGCAUCACGAAGAGGCAACACAGUUCCAGUUCAAAAAGGAACAGUUCCACAUGCAAGGACAGGGCACACUCUAACUAGACUAGGAGAGACCAAAGAGGCAUUGCUGUUUGGAGGAGUUAUGGAACAAGAAGAGCGGAAGAGCUUCAGCGUUGAGUGGGAAUUAGCCUGCAGAGAUGGGACCUUCUAUAUAUUAGAUCUAGAUACCUUUAUAUGGAGGAGAGUCCCUGUGCCAUCAGCUACCCUAGCCCGAACAUAUCACACUGCCGAAUGCUUGGAAACGGUUAGAAGCUUUGUCAUUGCAUUUGUGGGAGGAGUGAUGCAUGACAAGAACACCACCACAAGAAUACCCAUCAAUGAAGUACUCUUGCUAACGAUGAACUCCCAAGAUACAGACACUGCAGUUCUUUCUACUGUUACGCUUGCCUCCGAUGGUCCCAGUACACCAGUCCCGUACAUAUCAUACCAUGCAACAGCUCAAGUAAACUAUAACAUUCUCGUAUCCGGAGGAUUUCAACUGCAGCACAGUUCUGACAUCCCUAAGACAUCAAGACAUGCAUCCUCCAGAGUAUUUAUACUCGACAUCGUCGGGAAGAAAUACAAACUCUUGCCUAAAACACAGAAUAACAAUCAGUUUGGCACAGCUGGGCAUGUUCUAUUAACCCUGGCACCUGACUGCAUCAUCUCUGUUGGGGGUACCUCAAAACAAAUCUCUAUGCUCUCCGACAGGAAAUACAAGCCAGAGAAAUGUGAUUUAUUACCAUCGUGUACUAUCGCUGAGGCAGAAGGAACUGUGGAGAUACAAUGGGUACAGUGUGAAACACCACGAUGUGGAAAAUGGGUCCAUGUCUACUGCCUAAAGCUCAAUAGUAUACCAGAGAUUUAUUUCUGUCCACAUUGUAAGAACAAAAAUGAUAUUUCAGUGUGUGUUUGCAGCAUUCAUUUGAAAACAUGCAGAAUUCAUUUGAAAAAAUGCACUAUUCCAAACUGAACAAAUGCUGUUAUGGUACACACACACUGAUCAAACAGUUUUUGGUCUCAGAAUGAAGAUGAAAUUAGUGAAUGUCUCUAAAAUAUUCCAAACAGCUAUCACCCAUGUAAGUUUUAAUAUUAUACAAUCAUCGAGUUCUAUCACAACAAGCGGUAGGGCCAAGGAAGUUUCAACUUGUGCCUAGCAGUAGUUCAGAUGGUACAUAAUCUUACUGAUAUAUUACUGUACUAGCAGUGUUAUAUUUCAUUUUCAUUUUCAGAGAUAAAUUCAUACCUUGCUAAAAACUGAAAUUUACUUGAUGCUUGUAAUGUCUAGUGAGGCCAGGAAAAAUGCAUUUUGUUAUCUCAGUAGUGAAAGUAUAAACUCCUGUCCUUCUUUUGCCUUAGUCAAAGCAAAUAAAAUACAACAUGAGCAUAAAGCGUAAAAAUUUAAAGGGCAAGUCCACCCUGAUUAUCUUGUUGCUUUGUAUGAAAGCAGAAAAAUUAGAAAAGCAAAUCAGUGAAAGUUUGAGAAAAUUUGGACACAUAAUAAAAAAAAAA